AUGGACCCUGCAUCCUCCGCACAGAUCGCGACACUUAACACAAUCGAGAUCAUGCUCCAUUCGGAACAUCUCUUCUUGCACAAGAACCUGCAGGUCCUGAUCUCUUUCGUCUUAUCGGUCGCACCUGCGCUUGAUGGCAUGGCUGAGACGCGCCUGUCAGAGCGAUUGACGACUCUUCUCAAAGAUCUCAGCGUCUACAGCGGCUCGCAAACUGUCCAGAAUCGCGAUACUAUCAACGGUCUUUGCCGAAAUCUGGGAAGAGUGUUUGAAGAUGUAGCAAUGCAGCCUACAAGCGACGAUUUCGAUGAACGAGAGCUCUCAAAGGCUACCUCCAAGCUUGUUAUCGAUUAUGUCAGUCUGUAUGCAAACAUCGUGGCGUCUAUCCUGGGUCGACCCAUCUGGUGCAUAGAGAACUGGCAAGGGAGAUUGAUGGGCACAGAUACGUGGUGUUUACCUUGGUUAGCAAUGGAGCAUAGAGCAAGGGUGAGCCUCCUGUGA